GGCAAAAUGGAUAAGAAAGAAGUAGUGCUAGUGACAGGUGGAUCCGGGUUCUACGGACAACACUUGAUCAGGCUGCUGCAGGAACGAGACAGCAAGGUGCGCGAGAUACGAGUAGUCGACCUUAACCCCUACGAGAACCGACUCGGUCACACCGAGAGCAAGAAAGUGGUCUCGUUCGUUGGCGACAUCUGCGACACGGCGGCAGGACUCGAGCACGCAUUCGAGGACGUCGAUUGCGUGUUUCAUCUGGCCGCGUAUGUGAACUUCGACUUCCCGCCCAAUUACGCCGAGUUGCAGCGUGUGAAUGUGGACGGGACGGCACGGGUGAUUGAGUUGUGCCGGCGGUACGCGGUGUCCCGGCUCGUCUUCGCCAGUGAUUGCCUCAUCCACAUGACACCGUACCUCGGAAAGGCGAACUUCACCAUCAUCUGCAACCAGACGGAACCGAAGACAAAGGUCCCGGCCAAGGAUGGCGAGUUCCAGAUCCCGGGCUAUGCCGCGUCCAAGUGGCGGGCAGAGUGCCUAGUGAUCGAGGCCAACGACACGGACCUAGCGAAUGGUGAAAAGCUGAAAACGAUCGCCAUCCGUCCGCCGGUAAUGUUCGGUGAGUGUGACGAGCGUUUCGUCCCAUCCAUUGCGAAGGUCGCUCAACGGUUCAAGGGCGCCAUCCCAAAGCUGGCCGGUCCAGGAGGCAAGCAGCAGAUCAUCUACGUCGGAAAUGCAGCCUGGUGUCUGGUUCGUGCCAAGGACGCGCUCGCCGAGAACGCCAAAAACAUCGCCGGGUAUCCGGUGUUCGUGACGGAUGAAUCAGGCAUCGAGGACACGACCCGGUUCUGCCAGAGGAUCUCGCGGGCCAACGAUACGCUCAAGCUGCGACCCACCAGCUACCAGGUGCCGCUCUUCGUCACGUAUUUCCUGGCGUUCCUGCUCGAGCUGCUUGUCCGGGCGCUGCAUCCUUUCACGAAGAUCCGACUGCCGUUUCCACCGUGCGGGUUGCUUUCGUACAUGUCCUCGAUCAUGCUGUUCAACCGCAUCCGUGCGUCGAUCUACCUCGAUUACGAGCCCAUCUACAGCGAGGAGAAGGCCAUCACGAACAGUGCGUUGUGGUAUGAGCGUUGGUACCAACAGUACAGCCAGGAGCGUAACCUCAAAAAGUCGAAGGCGAAGUGAGCUUAAUGCGCUGGGGAAAUAAACAUCCAUGAAUCC